AUGGUCGUGGAUUUCCACAAGAACGCAGCCCCACCUGCCCCCAUCACCCUGUGGGACUCCCCCGUCGCCCCUGUGGGGUCCUUCAGCUACCCGAGCUCCACCCCCCCAAGCUCCAUCACCAAGAAGGCUCACACGCUGGUGGAGCAGGCAAAGGAAGUGACCCUCUCCUUCCAAAACAGUCAGGUCAUUGAUUUGGAUAGAGAUUGGAAGCUGGUCCUUCUCUUUGCUCAAGUAGGUCAGCGCUGUGCCUGUGAGCAGCAUCAGUUUCAGUCUGUUAUCAAAGCCGUGGUUGAAGAGGUGGAUGACGCUCUGCAGCUGCUGCACUCUCAGCUGAAGCGAGCCAUCGUCAGUGUUGCCUUGUGGGAUGGAGAGCAUGACAAUUUACACAACAAUGACAGGAUGUGUCGAUGCAUGGAGUCAAACAAUGAAGGAGAAGCCAGACUUCAGAGGGCUAUACUGAGUCAUGCUCUGCAGGAGUCUUUGGAUGAGCUCACAAUGAAGAGGCGUUGGUACGGCGACAGAGAGGACUUCACCGUCGUUGUGCAGAGCGCACCUUUCAUCACAGGCCCUUCUUCUAGUGGGAAGCCUCUCUCUGAGCAACAAGCAGCACAACAAGCUGAUACACUGAUGGUGCAGAUGUGGACAAACCUGCUGCAACCCAUAAGUGGGCAACAUAACACAGAAGACAUCGCAUUGCCAUGUCCAACUGAGGACCGACCCUUCCUGAGGACGGAAGGAAACUCUCCUUCAUAUCACCGUAGUGAUGUCGCUCCUCUCCUUCACCCAUUUACAGGCACAGUGAUGCCCUGUGAAGACCUCAGGCCCUCACCCUCCACACCCACCUCAGUCCAUGAACUCAGGCCUGGAGAUAUCAAAGUGGUGGCUGCUGUGGGAGACUCUCUGACAGCGGGGAACGGGAUCGCAUCCACAACCAAUAACAUCCUGGACGUAAUGAGUCAGUACAGAGGUUUAUCCUGGAGUAUAGGUGGAGAUGAAAACCUCACAACUGUCACCACGCUGCCCAACAUCUUAAAACAUUUUAACCACAACCUGAUGGGCUAUUCUGUUGGCACGGGCAAGCAGCACACUCCUCAGGCGUUCCUCAACCAGGCUGUAGCAGGAGCUAAGAGCAAGAGCAUACCAACACAGGUACGAGCCCUGGUGGCAAAGAUGAAGAGUGAUUCUAGAAUCAAUUUUGAGUCAGAUUGGAAGGUGAUCUCCCUUUUCAUUGGUGGAAAUGACAUCUGUGACCACUGCCACAACUCUCUACUUUACUCUGAAGAGAAUUUUAUUAGUAAUAUUCGAGACAGCCUGGAUUAUCUACACAAAGAGGUGCCUCGAGCUCUGGUGAAUUUAAUAGAACCUCUUCAUAUAACCCCUCUGAGAGAAAUGCACAUUGACACUUCACUUAAAUGUCCUACUUGGCUGGUAAAUAUCAUGUGUUCUUGUGUUAUCUUGCCAAAGCCUGGCUCUAAAGCUCUGCAAAAGGUGGAGGACAUCAAUAGAGGCUAUCAGCGUUUACUGCAUGGGCUUGUGGAGUCAAGCCAGUACGACACUCGCUCAGACUUCACUGUGGUCAUCCAGCCUUUCUUCAGAGAAAUCAUUGUCCCCAAACUGCCGGUGAGAUGGCCGUGCUUCCACCUCAGCCAGAAGGCCCAGACGCUGAUGGCUCGCUCCCUCUGGAACAACAUGCUGGAACCUCUGGGCAAUAAGACGACCCUACAGGAUUUUUCUGCAGACACUGAACUGAAAUGUCCAACCAAGACAUCACCAUACAUCCGAACCUUUAACAACAGCAAUUACAUAUAUGCUGGUCCUUCUCCAACACCAGGACCUAUCACAAACUGGGGGAGUGAUUUCUCCUGUGUGGACAUUGCUCCAUCUGAAACUGUGCCAACUUCAGUUCACAAGCUGAGACCAGCAGACAUCAAGGUGGUGGCAGCACUGGGAGACUCUACAACGGCAGGCACUGGCGCUAAGGCAAAGAACCUGUUUGACCUCAAUAAAGACUAUAAAGGAGUAUCAUGGAGCAUUGGAGGCGAUAAUAGUCUGGAGACGGUCACAACACUCCCAAACAUCUUGAAGAAGUUCAACCCUUCCUUACAGGGUUUCUCCAAAGGCCAAGGGUCUAGACAGAAGGCCUUCAACUUAGCUGUACCUGGAGCUAAGACCUCAGGGAUCCCAGUACAAGUACAAGCUCUCAUCAUGGCCAUGAGAGAUCAUAAGGAGGUGGAUUUUGAAAAGGACUGGAAACUUGUGACAAUAUUUGUUGGAGGAAAUGAUCUUUGCAAUUAUUGCGUAGACCAAAAUAAUCUGUCGCCCAAGAACUACAGCCACAAUAUUAUGCUCAGUUUGGACAUGUUUUACAAAGAGGUACCGAGGCUGUUAGUUAACCUUGUGGCAAUCUUGCAGAUAGAUCCAUUGAAAUCAGUUAAGAGGAACACGCUAGGCUGUUCACUCUUGCAGAGGACCAGCUGUCCCUGUGUUAUCAACCCAGCUGAAAACUCCCCAGAGUUUCAAGAGAUAAAACAAAUAAAUCGCGAGUAUCAGGCUGAAAUCCAACAUCUUAUUUCUGGAAAUCGCUAUAAUGGAAAAGAAGAUUUUGCGGUUGUCCUUCAACCCUUUUUACACAAUUAUUUCAUUCCUCAUAUUGGAGAGGGUGAGGUGGACCCAAGUUUCUUCUCUCUGGACUGUUUCCACAUAAGUGAGCGAGCUCAUGCUGAGAUGGCCGUUGCCUUGUGGAAUAACAUGUUGGAGCCCAUCGGCAGAAAGCAGACCUACAACAACUUCACAUACGACCGCUUUAAGAUUCAUUGUCCCUCUGAGAACAAUCCCUUCAUCUUCACUGAGAUCAACAGCCUACCAAGUCCGCCAGUAACCACCACAACAGCAUCCACAGUCAACAGUCCUGCACCAAUCAUCCCUGUGGCCAAGUGCCCUUCCUCUUUGCCCGUGUGGGUGCCAGUGGUUGUGGGAAUUAGGGCAGAUCGACUGGACAGAACCAACGCAGCUACAGGAUGA